AUGGACAUGAUGGGUCAGGAAGAGGCUGGCCGAGCACAACCGCCGCCGGAGGAAGCCGGUGAGCAGCAGCACGACGGCGACGUCCCAGGACUCGGCGCCGCCUUCCAAGAAACCCAACCCCGGUGCCAUCUCCAGCUCCUACGCCGCCGACAACAACACUUUGAGCGCCACCAAGUCGAACACGAGCGCCAUCAGCUGCCUGCAGCAGCACGACCAGAGCAAGGCGGCGGAAGCGGCGGCGAGGCCGAUGACACUCACACUCGGAGAGCCACGGGAGAAGGACGACCAGCAGCAGCUCAACAGCGCCAUGCAGCUCCACCACCACCACUAGGAGCAGCAGCACUUCAUCACCUCCCUGCUGCGCAGAACAACAACGGCAACAGCAACACCAACAUCCGGUCGUGCUCCAGCGGGUUGCCGUCCGCCGGGGCGGCCAAUGGCGAGGUCUCUGACCAGAACAACAACAGCAACCACGGCGGCGGCAACAAUAACAAUAACAUGCAUCUGUUUGAGGUUUUGAGGUGGACUUCAUGUAGACCGAACGAUCCAGGUGAGCUUGGAGUUGGAGGUCCGUGCAUAUGGAGCCAUGGAGUGGUGUCCAGCCUAAGCCUAGCACUGUCUCAACAGUGUCCUUUAAUUAAUUUGUGUGUAGGUAAAAAAAAAGAGAGCAAAAAACUUCAGGGUACAGUCCAAAGUGUCAAAAUGCUGAGAUCAGCUAGCAAAGGCUGUGCUAGCUAGCAUGCUUGCUUGCUUCGCUAAUCACAUU